AUGAUGAUGAUGGAACAAACGUCAUCAAAUACAACAAUCGAUUCAAUCCUUGAUCAUCGUAGUGAUGUCAGUGAUGCCAAUAGUGUUGAUUCAGCAUUUAGUAUUGAUAAUAGCGUCGUUACAACGCCAGAAUUACUUGAACAUUCAUCGUCAGCUGCAACAUUACUUAAUGAAUUACAAAAAGUGAAAGAAGAUUUGAAAACUAAAGAUGUAGAAAUUCAACGUGCUUAUGAAAUGCGUGAAAAUACUGAUCGAGAAAUUGAAGAUCUUACUGCAUCCUUGUUUGAAUCUGCACAUUCAAUGGUUGAACAAGCUAAACAUGCUCAAGCCAAUGCUGAACAAAAACUUAAAACUGCAAAUCAAACAAUCGAUGCAUUAGUUCUUGAAAAUACUCAAUUAAAAAAAAGUGUUAGCGAAUUAAAAGAAAUAAUUAAUAAUUGUCGUUCAUCAUUAAUUACUAAUCGUUCAUUACCAGUAACAUCUAUAGUAUCAUCAACUGAACAACAACAAUUACCACAAUCAAGUAUUCGACAAAUAGUACGAGAAAAACUUCAUAAACGUUCAUCAUCAGAUUUACAACAAUCACUAUCAUCAAUUGAUAUAACAUCUCAAACUAAUAGUACAGUUGAUGAUUGGCCUAUGGUUGAUAAUGUUUUAUUACGAGAAUUUGCACGUUGGGAAGAAAAAGCAUCAAUAGGAAGAGAUUUAUCUGCAUUUAUGUAUCGAGUUUAUAGUGAAGAUAUAUUGCCAUGUUUAACAUUUCCUAAUGCUGAUCUUUCAUCAAGAGUUCUUACAGCUAUUGAACAAAAUGAUGUAACAAUGGAAGCAUGUCAUAUGAGAACAAUUGAUGAAAAUUUAAAAGUUUGUUCAUUGACGGGUGAUCUAUGUCAAUGUGAUUAUCGUGUUCGAUUAAGUGAAAACGGUGAAUGGUAUCCAAUAUCACGUUUAUCUCGAAAUCGAAUUGCAGCUGUUUGUGAUUUUUUUACUUAUAUUCGUCAUGUGCAAUCGGGACUCGUUAAAAGUGAUACACGAAGUCGUUAUAAUAAAAUAAUCGAACUUCGAAAACAAAUGGCUUUUGCACGUCUUGGACUAUAA